AUGGACCACCGUGCUCAGAUGCGCGAGGCGUUCGUCCGGAGUCAACUGGAAGCUGUGCAGAAGGCUAUCACGAAGGUCGAAGUGCCAUUGAAGCCUAAGCACGCUCGCACGAUCAUUGUCGGAACACAUAAGGAGAAAUCCUCGGGGAUCUUCUGGCACACUGUCGGGCGUAUUCAGUUGGAGAAACAUCCCGUUCUCACCUGGAAGUUCUGCCAUUUGGUACACAAAUUGUUGAGAGAUGGACAUCGGAAAGUUCCUGAAGAGACCUACAGGUAACCAGGGCGAAUGUGAAUUCAAAUCAACCAAUUGAGUUUCAGAUACGUUGGUCGAUUCACUCAACUCGCCCAAUUCUGGAAGCAUCUGAACACGAGUGGAUACGGGCCAUGCAUCGAGUCGUAUUGCAAACUAUUGCAUGACAGAGUCGCAUUUCACAACAAGUAUCCGGUUGUACCAGGAAAGCUAGAUUUGAACGAUUCGCAGCUGAAGACACUAGAGAGCGACCUGGAUAACAUGUUCGAAAUGACUAUUGACAUGCUCGAUCAGAUGGAUUCUCUCCUUGUUUUGCAAGAUAGAGGUGAGUAGAAACUCAUGCCAUUUCAGCUCAAAUAGCUUCUUUAUUUCAGUCUACGAGAUGCUCAACUCGCUCAGGUGGAGCUCGCUGAUUCCCCAAGGACAAUGCAUGCUCUCUCCACUCAUCAUUGCCAUUUUGGACACGAGCAAAUUCUACGAUUACCUUGUGAAAAUGAUUUUCAAACUGCAUAGCCAGGUACCUCCUGAUGCUCUCGAAGGACAUCGUGCCCGUUUUCGUGUCAUUUUCGAACGGACGAAAAAGUUCUAUGAAGAGUCGUCCAAUCUGCAAUAUUUCAAGUAUCUCGUCUCAAUUCCCACCUUGCCAUCGGUAUCUAGCUUUUACAUUUUGUGACCUAAUCGUUUCUCUCAGCAUGCUCCAAACUUUUUGCAACAAUCUGAUCUUGAAUCCUACCGCACUCCACAUGCUUAUCUUCGUUCUGAAGGAUCUGAAGAUGGUCAGUCUUUGAACGGACACGAGGGAGAACUUCUGAAUUUGGCCGAAGAGGAGCCGCAGCAGGCAAGUCCAUCGAGCCAGCCGGAUCCUCGAGAAGAACACAUUGUGAUGUUGACGCGAGCCGUUGAGGAUGAGAAAUUCGCGAAAGAAAGAUUGAUUCAGGAGGUGAGUGAGGAGGAUGAAUUCCGAAACAUGAGAGUAAUUUCAGGCACGGAGCCGCAUUGAGCAGUAUGAAAACCGUUUGCUUCAAAUGCAAGGAGAGUUCGAUCACGCAAAAAGAGAAGCCGACGAAAACAGAGAAGAGGCGCAAAGGCUCAAGAGUUCGUUGACGUACUAACGUGUUUGCGAACAUUUUUAAUUGUUCCAGAUGAACUCGCUCUUCGCGAUGCCUCCAGAAUCCAAAGUAAUGACGCGCGGGUCAGAGAAGCAGAAGCAAAGGCAGCUGCUUCGGAGGAAAAGUUUGGAAAGAUGAAGGGCGUUUAUGAGAAAUUCCGAAGCGAACAUGUUGUGGUAUAAUAGUUUGUCUGAACGGACGAGAAAAAAAACGAAACAUUUCAGGCACUCACAAGGCUGGGAGACUUGCAAAAGCAACUGGAAGCUAGUGAAAAGUCGAAGUUUGACAAAGAAGAAGAGAUCACGGCGCUGAAUCGGAAGGUGGAAGAGGCGCAAAGAGAGACUGGAAGGGCCCUCUCUAAAGCGGAAGGAGACGCGGGAGCGGUAGAUGAAAUGCGAACGCAGCUCGCAAAGGCCGACAUUGAGGUGGAAGAAUUGAAAAGAGUACGUGUAGAGGGGCUCCCGACGACACGGUAACGUCAUGCUUUGUUUGGCUGAUUCAUCGUCACAACAUCUGCUCCGCACCUCCAUUGUUUCUGUUUGCAGAGCGUCGAGCAUCUUCGAGAAUCGCACGCAAAUCAACUCGUUCAAUCGUCCGCCAAAGAAGCCGAGGAGAUCCGUCGUGCCCAGCUCGAAAUUGCGAGUGAGUGAAUGGAAAGACUGCCGAUUUGUCUGAUUGAAUGUCACUAUAUAAAAACAAUCGCAGUCUUCUAUGGUUUUAAUUUUUACAGUGUCAUUUUCAGAGGGUUCUGAGUUUGGAAUCACCCAAAUGUUCGAUCACUGCGAGGAAGAACUUCAGAAUGCCACCUCCAUUACCUAUCCUCCUCGUAAGUACUCUCUUGUUUUAUUGGUUGUUGAAUGAUUUCGAUUUCAGAUUUGGCUCAAUCUGCAAUGAGUACUCUGGUCACCGUUUUUUCUAAUGAACGUCUGAACGAACCCCUCGCCACAAAAGAAAAUGUGUUCGCCGGCCACCUUCUUUCGAAUACUCUCACAGCUGCCGCCUCCGCUGCUUACACGGCCAGCAUUGAAAGCUACGAAGGAGUGAACGAUCAGUGCAAAAAAGUUCUGAUCGCUGCAAAGAAUGCGUUUUCCGAUGAUCAGCCGUCUUCUCGUUCCGAUAAAAUGCGAGUGCUCCGCCAGGACGUGCAGACUCUCAACUCCCUGAUAGUUUCGCUUCCUCUGCAGACUGACAUUGACAAAGAAGUGGUCGGAAACGAACUGGAACAAGAAAUGCGUCGCAUGGACGAGGCUAUCCGCCGUGCCGUGCAGGAAAUAGAGGCGAUUCAGAGGAAGGCUCGCGAGAAUUCCGACGGAAUUCGCCUUGAAGUGAAUGAAUCGAUUCUGGCCAACUGUCAGGCUCUGAUGUCUGUCAUAAUGCAGCUGGUGGCGGCCUCGCGAGAACUGCAAGUCGAGAUUGUGGCAGCAGGAAAAUCGGGAGGAUCCCCAGCCGAGUUCUACAAACGGAAUCACCAGUGGACGGAAGGACUUCUUUCGGCUGCGAAAGCCGUCGGAGUGGCAGCCAGAGUGCUUGUGGAGUCGGCGGACGGAGUUGUCACCGGAAAAGGAAAGUUCGAGCAUCUCAUCGUGGCUGCCCAGGAGAUUGCCGCUUCCACUGCACAGCUCUUCGUUUCCAGCAGAGUUAAGGCUGAUAGGGACUCAUCAAAGUAAUACACAUUGCUAAUUUCCCUCGAAAUCCAAUGAAUUACAGACUGAACGCUCUUUCGAUCGCUUCAAAAGCUGUCAAUCAGAAUACUGCUCAAGUGGUUGCUGCCGUUAAAAGUGCGCAGACAACUUUGAAUGACGAGGAUUCCUUGGACUUCUCGUAUCUUUCCCUCCAUGCCGCAAAGAAGGAAGAGAUGGAAUCGCAAGUGAGAAUGCUCGAAUUGGAGCAGAACCUCAACCAGGAAAGAGCCAAACUGGCGGCUCUUCGCAAACAACACUACCACAUGGCCCAAUUGGUCGCCAACAAAGUGAGUUAUUACGCGUACAUUAAAAAAUAUAUUCAUUGGCAGAACUGAAAGUAAUUUGGCUCAGUAUUAAUCAAAAGUGGAUGAGGUUUGAAAGCAGUUGCCGAAUCCUAACAUAACGUCACUCCUCUGUUGUUGUCAGUACACAAACAUCCAGUUUAUUGAGUGCACCCCGGAAUGGAACUGACCGGAAUAAAACUGCCCCGAAAUGGAACUGUGCCCGGAAUGGAACUGAGCGAAAUGGAACUGACCGGAAUAGAACUGCCCCGAAAUGGAACUCCCACUGUAUUUUCUGUGGCAGUUCCAUUCCGGUCAGUUCUUUUUCGGGACAAUUCCAUUUCGGUCAGUUUCAUUACGGUCAGUUCCAUUUCGGGGCAGUUCCAUUCCGGGGUACUCUCUUUAUUUCCCUCUGCACUUCUUACCCUUCCAGACUCGUCUUCCUUUUUUCAAACUUUCCUUUUUCAGGAGGAAGAUUCGCAGUAA